UGGCUCCAGUCUGAACUCGCCCGUACCAUCGUCCGCACAUGUGCCGAUCGCUCUGACAUUUUCGUAGUGCGCCCCUUCCCGCCGUGCUGACGGCGUCUCUGCGAAAUAGUGUGUGAAAAUUAAAUUUAACAAAAAAAAAAAACAAAGCGUUCGAAAAUCAAAAAUUGACAUAAUAAAAGUGUUAGUUUACGGUGUUUUUUUUUUUAAUUUUUUGUCAGCGAUUUUUUUGUUUUUCGAAUUUUGAAUAUCUCUGGCUAUUGUGUUGGAUGCUCCCGGGGAGAGGCGUCAAGUUCACGGGCGUCCAGCGAAUGCACUCCCGCUCGAUAAUGAUUAGUUUUGAACCGUGCUGAGGUUUUGUUUUCCCCAACAUAGAACAUAAAGAUUUGCAGUUUUGCAUUCUUUCCUGAAUAACUAGCGCUCGUACGUAAUAUCCACGUGACCCAAAUGCUGUUGGUUUAUGGGAAGACGCACUUACACCAGACAUCAUGAGUUUGAUGGCGGUGGUGAAGUUUGGUUACACCCUGGUGGCUGUGACCUUACUGCUGAUGAUAUGGGCGUCAUUGUCCCGAGCUAUAGAGCUUCAUGUGGACACGGGACAUCCGCCAUGCUUGUUCCAAGCGCUCUGCACUUGUUCAAAACCAGCUGCAGAUCUCGGCAUCGUGACCUGCAAUCAUGUACCUCUUCUAAGGGUCCCCAGUACCAUCAACAACUCCAAGGUGUUCAUGCUGCAGCUAACUGGAAACAAGAUCCGGGAUCUAGAGCCACAGUUCUUUCAAACUACAGGGCUCUACAGAUUAGCGAUAAACAAGAACCCUUUGGAAAGUAUACACGAAGAGGCCUUUUACGGCUUAGACAAUACACUGUGGGAGCUCGAGUUACGUGAAGACAAACUGAUUGCAGUACCGAGCAGAGCGUUAAGAUAUCUGCAGAAGCUACGACUGUUGGACCUAUCAGGCAACGAAAUCACGGACAUAUCAGGCGACAAUUGGCGUGGACUAGAGAACACUCUGCAGAUAUUGAUUUUAGCCGACAACUCGAUAGCAAACCUACCCUUAGAUGCAUUUAGUGGACUGCCCUUAUUGGAGACACUGGAUUUACACGGGAACCACUUGUCUGUUAUUGAUAGCGGAGUGUUCCGUGAUGGAAUGAGCAGAUUAAAUAGGCUGCUAUUAGGAGACAACCAGCUGUCGUACAUCCCAUAUGAGGAACUGUCACCAUUAAGGCAAUUGAGGGUCUUGGAUUUGUCCAGUAACGUUAUAAAACAAGUGCCACCGUUACAUGAUCUAAAUGGAAUCAAACUUUCUUUGGAUCUCUUGAAACUAGACAACAACAUGAUCCAGGUUCUGUAUCCGGGCGCAUUCAAAUACUUCAACGUAUUGAACUCGACGACCCUCGACCGGAAUCCAAUCGUGACGAUAAGAGAAGACGCAUUCCGUAACGCGAAAAUAAAGUCUCUAUCGCUAAGAGACUGCAGUAUAUCCGACCUGUCUCCAGCAGCAUUUGCUGGUUUAGAGAACAGUCUGAUUAGCUUGGACUUAUCCGAGAACAACUUGACAAUGGUGUCCAAAUUCAUGCUGAAUAAACUCGAUUCUUUAAGGUUCUUAAAUCUGAGAGAAAAUAAGGUUGACAUAAGCUUACUGACCACAAAUAUGCCGUCGGAGUAUCAACAAAGUGCUUUCAACAGUUUCCAAUACAGACUUUUUUCGUUAGACGUGAGCGGCGCUAACUCUAUAGAAAUCAGUCUGCAGGAUGCUAAGAGAAUGAGGUCGUUGAGGUCUCUGUCAGUUGGAAAACUGUUACGUCAAAGCAUUAAGACUGAAGAUUUCCUGGAUUUCGGUAUGGAGCUAGAAGACCUGAAGUUAUUUGGCAGCAAUCUCAUCAGGAUCGAAUCGAGCGCCUUCCAAUAUGUCAGGACCAUCAAGACCCUGGAUCUCUCGGAGAAUAACAUAGAAUACAUCGACCCGUUCGCUUUUGCCGAGCUGCACAGCCUUACCACAUUGAAGAUGGCGCGCGGUUUGUCCGAAUCGGUCAUAAUUCUACCGUUCGAGCCGCUGAAGGCGCUGACCGAACUCCAGUACCUGGACAUGAGCAACAACAAACUGAAAAACGUGCCGGACACCUCGUUUCAUUUCUUGAAGAACUUGAGAUCGUUGAACUUAGAAGAUAACGCAAUCGAACACUUUUCAAAGGGAACUCUACAAGCCGAUAUCCACGGAAAAUUGGAGAGCAUAUGCCUCUCCUUGAACCAGAUGAAACAAAUAGGGCAACACACAUUCGUCGAGCUGAAGGAAAUGCAAGAAAUCCUCAUAGAAGAUAACCUCAUACAGUACAUACAAAGAAGAGCGUUCGCCAGCCUCGAUAACUUGAAAAUUAUCAAGCUCAAAGGGAAUCGAAUCAACGAAAUUUCGGAGGAAGCAUUCCAAAACAUACCGGCUCUCAAAGAGCUAGACGUAUCGUUCAACAAACUGGAAACUUUCAAGUUCUCUAUAUUCGACCAAGUGGGAACGGCAACGGCUCUGAAAGUGAACGCUUCAUACAACAACAUCAUUGUAUUGACCGAUUCGAACGCACCUAGUAUCUUCUCUUCGAAUUUUUAUCCGCCACCGAAAGCGCAGACCGAUACAGUAACAGAGCAUGCUUUAUCAUUGGUGGAAGGUCUCGGAACUGUGUCCGUAAAUUUGAGAGUGUUGGAUUUUUCCCACAAUAAUGUCACAUAUAUCGCGCCUUAUUACUUCAGGCACGCCGACUUAACGCUAUCCGAGUUAUACCUGUCCCACAACAAACUGAGGAACAUAACGAGAGAAGUCUUCGGUUCUAUGGUCAUGUUGCAAUACCUGGAUUUAUCCCACAACCAUAUCUAUCACAUGGAAUACGACUGUUUUAAGAAAGUGAAGAAUUUACAGAUCAUAAACUUGUCCCACAACCACCUCAUCGAACUGCCAGUCGGAAUGUUCCACGACAUGCAAUCUCUGACGUCGGUAGACCUCUCAAAUAACAACAUCAGGAAUUUUGCGGAAAACCUGAUUAUAUCACCAGCGUUGGAAAGGUUAGACUUUUCCGAUAAUGAGCUGUCAAGGGUGCCGACUAAUUGCUUAGCCCCGGCCGCGGCCGCCAACUUAGUUGAACUAGAUCUGAGCGGGAACACUAUACCUACAGUGUCGAUGUCCGACUUCGUACAAAGAUUCAGGAACCCCGAGCCGGGAGAGUGGCCCGAGGAGUCGGACUACAGCGACGAGUACAUGUACCACACGGCUAGACGAGAUCACACCAGAGUUUACCACCAAAAAAAGCAAUACCCACAAAACGUUUUGUAUAAGUCUUUAGCGUGGUUGGAUCUGUCGGAUAAUCAUCUGGUACGAAUCGAAACGGCUUCGUUCUCGGCGCUGCCCAAAUUGAAGUGGUUGGACAUAAGCAACAACAACCCGUUCAAUAACGGGGAGAGAGGCAGCAAUAUAUUUAAAGGACUCGAAAGACGUCUUACACAUUUAGGGUUGAAGAAUGUCAGCUUGAUGUUUAUACCCUCAAUGCUGCUCUCGAAACUGAAAAGUCUGGAUCUGUCCUACAAUAAUUUGCCAUCAGUACCUCCGGAUACGACAGCAAACCUAACCCGACUCCGAGUACUGGAUUUAUCCUACAACGACUUAACAACAGUUCCCGUGGCAACGCAUUCAUUGACCGAGCUCCGUUGGCUGUCGUUGUCUGGCAACCCCAUCACUGCGCUCAUGAACACGAGCCUGUACGGAAUAUCGCCGCGUCUGGAGUAUCUGGACGUCACGCGGCUACGUUUGCGAAUAUUUGAGCUUGGCGCCUUCGGAAAAAUGUACGCGCUGAGAACUCUCAAAGUGACGUCAUAUUCGAAUCACAGAGACUUCAACAUCCCGCGCAUGUUGACUUACAACGCUGGACUCGAGAACCUCCUGGUUGAAAUCGAUGAACUAGGAACCGAAUUCGGGAAGGAAAUGUACGGAGCACUGCCUUUGAAGCUCAAUAAUAUUACGAUUACGGGCCAAAGUUUGAAAUACCUAACUCAAUAUUUAAUAAGUGGAGUUCAAUCGAGGUCCCUUCGUUUGACGAUAUACAAUACGAGCGUCGAAGAAAUAGCCGGCGAAGUAUUUUGGCGGCCGGGACGAGUCCGGAACUUGACCUUGGAUUUGAGGAAUAAUUACAUUUCUAGAGUACCCAAUCCGAGUCAGAGGGGAUGGCCCGGGGUUCCGAACUCUUUGUUCCUAGAAGAUAUAUUUGUUGCUGGGAAUCCAUUAAUAUGCGACUGCGGCGUCGGAUGGAUUGAAGCAUGGGAUAGAAAGAGAAGACAGUAUCUUUGUAAUGAUCCUCACAGUUGUGUGGCGACGAGAGAUGACGUCAGAUUCGCCACCUGCCCUUCGUACGAAAACAGAUCCUUGAGCGAUGUACUGUCAAGAGAUCUCGAUUGUGAUUGGAAUAAAGGAUUUUUAAGUUUACCAAAUACGUUCGUAAUCAUAGGAAUGUCAAUUCUAACGCUAUUAUACAUUUGAGGACUGUUUUGGCUUCUCGGGGUAUACGAAGAGUUCCACCGAAUUCUGGCGAGGAUCUACGGUAUGUGAGGUCGAAUCGGACAAAAUGGGGGCAAAUUAUUAAGACCAAACUUAAACUUAGUCUUUUCCGAUUAUAACUACAGAGUUUAGACGCAGUUUUUUGUAAUGUUGUUGAUACGCAAAAGUUUUCUAUUGGGAGUUUUAGAAUUGUUUGUUUCAAUGUUCAUGUCAAACAAAGAAACGGGUUAGGGGUUGAGCGAUAAAAUCUCAGUUUGAACCUUUAAGACGCCUGAAGCGACUGAGGUUAUCAACAAUAGUGUUUAUACUAAUGCUUAGUUACCUUAUGUGGCCUAUGUCUUAUUGAGUGAUCCUUACAGCCAUAUACGAGUUGAAUGAUGACCCGAUUAUUUGGUUGAAAGUGUAGGUGUUCGUUAAUUAGUUGAAAUGUGCAAGAGAUUGUUUUGUUUAAAAGAAAACUGUUAAGACUCUUGUGAAGCCUAUAUCCGGUCGUGAUCGAGAAAUGUAUGUGUGAUCUCAAGGGAUUGAAUCUAUAAAAUGUUAACGUUUCAAAGUUUUUAUUUAUAGAUAUAUAGCAUACAUAUAGCAUAGAAAUGUUUAUUGUGUAAUUAUUUUGUCUUGUCCGCAGUUUAUUUAUCUAAUUAGUAGUUUAAGUUAAUAUGAUAGAUUUGAACAUUUCGUGCACUGCCGUACACAGAGCGAGUUGAUGUGCCAAAAUGUGGAUCGUAUAUUUGGUAAAGAAAAUAUAAAUAUCUAUAUAUAUAAAAAUGAACUGCUGUUCAUUAGUCUAGCUAAAACUCGAGAACGGCUGAACCGAUUUGGCUAAUUUGG